AUGGACGCUUUCUUUGCCUACUCACAGGCUCUGGGUUUGAUGUACGGAGGAGUGACAGAGUAUAUCGACUUGAUAGAACGGUUUGAGAACGGGGACGUAGUCUUUGAACCAGUGGAGGUCUUCGAUGAUCCGGACCCUUUGCCAACAUUUGAAGAGCCGGUUGAAGCUGUGCUGGGAAAACGGCAGCGAGAGGAGGAGGAAGAAGAGGACGAUGAAGAUGACGACAACGAGGAAGAAGAGGAUGAUGACGACGAGGAUGAGGAUGAUGACGAUGACGACGAGGAUGAUGACGACGAGGACGAAGACGAAGACGAAGACGAAGACGAAGACGAAGACGAAGACGAACAUGAGGACAAGGUCGACGACUACGAGGACGGCAAGGAGGAGAAGGAGGCCGAGGUAGGCAAACAUGGUGACUACCAUGUGCCGGUGAAGGAAGAGGAGGAAGAGGAGGAGGAAGAGGAACCGGAACCAGAAGAGGAUAUGCAGGUGGAAGUGGAAAGUGGACGGGAAAAGGAGGAGGAGGGGGAGGAGGACAAAGAGGACAAAGAUGAUGAAGAGUACGUUGACGUGGCCGCGGAGGAAGCGUACGUAGACCAUAAGAAGCGCCAGACUGGAAGGAAGAUUCAUAGCGUAGUCCCUUCCGGCGAAGGACGAAUGGGGAGUCAACCUCCGAGAAAGCGCCAGCGUCUUGUGAAGAAUAAGACAGCGCAGAGGACGAAGGUGGGAAGGGAGAAGCGCACGGUGGUGUGCUUGGUGGAGAGCUGUCAGCUGAAGGGGACCGUGAAGUCUCGGGAGCGCCACAUGUUGGCGGAGCACUUCGAGGGAGAGAACAAACUGUGGCACUGUCCCACAUGCAGGAAAUUGCUGUCGCGGCCAGAUGGGCUGAGGCGACACUGCAACCUAUUCCCUCAGUGCAACGCGAAGGCACCGCGACGGGUGGAUGGAAUCAUCGACUACAAUGCGUGCAUGGCGUUUAAGCAUCCGUGGCACAGGAAAGGGCCUUUACGGAGGUUGCGUGCGCCACUCCCUGAGCACAGGGACCCCUUGGAGCAAGAGUUAACCAUGUUACGGGAGGAGCUCGGGGUGGAGCCAUGGUCGCCAAAUUGA